AUGACCGAGAGGAACUGGGCUCUGGGCGAAAACGGAGCAAAGGUGGUUGAAGUGUCACACGAGGCAGCACGCGUCGCGAGUGAGGCGUCCAAUCUUCUUGUGGAGCGUGAAGAUCUUCUCUGGAUUACAGGCGAUGCCCCGCAGCACGUGACGCUGCAAAUUGCCAAUCCACACCCACCGCUGCAGUAUGUUGGUUGGCAUGUAUGGCACGAUUAUCUUACAAAUCCCAAAACGGUGGAAGUAGCUUCUGGUGAGUCCUGCGAGGAUAUGGUGGCGCAGCUGGUCUGCCAGGCCGUGCCAGGGGCCGGUACGCAGAUAUGGAAACUGCCCAGCCCUAUUCCUUCUAAUCAUAUGUUUAUUCGUAUGAAGAUUUUAGAAACUUUUGGAUCUGGUCCGACCUAUAUGAACCACGUGGUGGUUUUUGCCAAUGAUCCUGGUGCACGAUUUAGAGGUUUGCGAGGUGGUGAUUUCUCUGUAGCGAAAACAAAAGAAGGGUCAUCAGGCCGAAUGAGUGUAUUACUUAAAGAACUUGAUGAAGAUAUACGUGCUCUUCAUCCUAUUAAAACUGUUACACCAAAGAAAAAUAUGCUUCUUUACGUUCCACAAGAACCUAUGCUUGUAUAUCCACAAGAGGAAGAAGAAGAAGGGGAAGAGGAAGAAGAAGUUCCUUCACCACCAUUACGUGGUCAGGGACAACGUCGAGGUAAUAGUGGUUCAUGUGAAGCUUCUCACUGUCCUCAUCGUAGAUGUUCAGCUGAAAAUUUUGCUUCUGUUGGAAAUGGUGUACCAGUAACUCAAACUGUAGAAGUACAAAAAAGUUUUAAUGAUCGCCUGUGUAUGUUAGAGCAGGCUGUGGCUUCCCUUACACAAAGUUUAAACCAUCAACGUGAAGAUUUAACAAUGAUUAAAACGGCUUUACUUCAGCAAGCUUCUGAAAGACGUCGGGAACUUGAACAUAGGCUUACUACGGCACAAGUUUCAUCAGGACAAGAACGUCAACAGCUGGAACAUAAAAAAUCAUCUCGAGCCUCUCAUCAUCAUUAUAAUCAUCAAGUGUCAGUAGACUUUCCUGAAGAUGCUCUUCGAACAUUUGUUGAAGGUGUUGUAGCACCUUUACUUCAUAAACACACAAAACGUACGGAAUCACAUACGAUAAAAAAACUUGAUGAUUUUUUGAAAGAUAUCGUUACUGAAAUAACUCAGGCGGUAGAUAUUCGUGUUAGAUCUCAUCUUCAGCAAGCCCUUCCAAGUCAUGAGAGUUCGAAUGUAAAUAUGCCGUAUUACAGUUCUGAUAACCGAAGAGCAAUGCAUACACCAAUUUCUCAAACAAACAAAGUUCAGCCUUCCGUCCAUGGAGACUAUCGUUCUGCUGCAGGGACCGUUCCUCCCUAUCCAAUUUCAUCCUACGCAGGGUUGCCGGUGAGCAGCAUAUCCAGUCCAUGUAGGGAUACUAGUGGAGUACCAGUCUCUAUCAUCCGCGAAACCUUUGCGGAGUCUGACUCUAAGCUUCUUGGACGUACAAGUGCAAGGUCUGAAUAA